ACCCCAUAAGGCUGCAGUUCCCUACAGACUACCAUAGGGGCAUGAUCCCCUAUAGACCCAUAUAAGGACCCCCAUAGGGUCACAGUCCUCUAUAGAUCCCCAGAGGGGUCCCCAUAGGGGCUGGGGUCCCCAUAGCAGCCAGGAUCCCCUAUAGAUCCUGGGUGGGUUCCCCAUAGGUCUGGGAUCCCCUAUGGAGCCCCAUAGAGAUCCCUGUAGAGCCUGGCUCUCCUAUAGACCUGCACAGGGGCCUUCAUGCUCUAUAGACUUCCCCCUCUCCCAGGAUCCCCCAUAGGGCCUGGAUUCCCCUAUAGGUCCCCAUAGGGCUGGGAUUCCCUAUAGACCCCAAUAGAUCCAGGAUGACUUAUAGAUCCCCAUAGGGAUCUCUAUAGGGCCCAGGUGCCCUGUAGGUCCCCAUAGGGAUCCCCACAGGGCCUGGACCCUCUGUAGACCCCUGUAGGGCCUCGACCACUUAUAGAUCCAUGUGUUGAUCCAUGCAGGGUCUGGAUCCCCUACAGACCCCCACAGGGCCUAGAUCCCCCAUAGGUCCCCCCGGGGAUUCCCACAGGGCUUGGAGAACCUAUAAGUGCCCAUAGGGACCUCAGCAUGGGGCUGUGAUCCCCUGGAGAUCUCCACAGGGAUCCCUGUAGAUGGACGCCCUAUAGAUUGCAUAAGGCCCGGGUGAUCUGGGGAUCCUUACAGGAACCCUUUUCGGGCCAUGAUCCCCCUAUAGAUCGCCAGGGGGGAUCACCUAUAGACACCCCCCACCCCCCACCCCGGGAUCCCUAUAGGGCUAGCACCCUCUAUAGACCCCUAUAGGGAUCCCCAUGGGCUCAGGGAUCCCCUAUAGACUCCCCAGGGCCAAAGUGCCCCGCCCCUAUAGCGCCCCUAUAGGGGCAGCUGGUCUGCUGGUGAUGUCACGGCCUGCCGGCAGUCUGCCCCCGACGUCACUUCACGCCCUGCAUCCGGCAGUGACAUCACUUCCUCACCCAGUGAUGACAUCACUGCUUGGACUGGGCCUCUCGCACAGCCUGGACGGCCAUUUCUACGACCCGACGACCCGCUGCUGCAGCUGUGACCCACCACGAAGGUCCCCCCCGCCCCCCUGGACCUUCCGCCCGAUGGGGGUGUUGGUCCGUCAUAGAAACCCGGCAGUGACAUCACUGCUUUGCCCUCCGCUCCCGGUGACGCCGUACCCCCCCCCCAUGACAUCACAGCUGCUCCCACAGCCUCACCCAUCCCCCUUGGCCCCUCCCUGCCUGGGCUUUCCCUCUGUGGCAUCACAGCUGGCGCCGUGACGUCACAGGUGGUGGUAUGACAUCGCCGGCGUUCCCACCAUCCAACACCCACAUUCCUGGGUGCCGCGGGGAGGCGCCCGGAGGCCUGGGUGCCUCCGGCAAGGGCGGGUGGUGACGCCCAAGGGUUGGAGCCGGUGGAGCCGAACUGAUGUCCCUGGACGUGUGGGUGCCCUGGGGGGUGGGCGGGCGCUGUGCCCCGUGGGUAGAGCCCGGGGGGAGGAGGUGCCCGGGCGCCCGGGUCCUCCCGUGCCCGCGGCUUGGGUGGCACAGGGAGUUCCCGGCCCCCGGGCGGACGCCGGGGUCCCACGGGCCCGGGCUCGGCAUCGCCCCCGCAGCAGGGCCCCCCCACUUCGUGCCAUGGUGGACGAGGGGGACAAGGGACGAUGCGGCCCCACCAGGCUGGUGCAGGCACAGUCCCGCCAGGACCUGGAGGAGGAGCUCCGUGACCUCAGCAACCAGGUGGCAUCGCUGGGGCGGAGCCUGGCAGAGGAGCGGGGGGCGGAGCCUGGCGGCAGGCGGGGCCCUGCGGGCGCUACAGGUGGCAGUGGGCGGGGCCCAGGCCCGGGUGGGCGGAGCCUGUCGGGCACGAGACCGGGCAUGUGAGCGCCUGCGCCAGCAGCAGGAGGCGGGACAUCUGCUGUGGGCGGAGCUGGAGGCAGCACGCGCUGCCCGGGCAGGGGCGGAGCUCCGGGCGCAGGAGGCGGAGUCACAGCGCCGCACCAGGGAGGCGGAGCUGGAGCAGUUGCGACAGGCAGUGGCGGUGGCCCAGCAUGCCCGGCGGCGGGCGGAGCAGGAGCGCAAUGACAUGGCUGCCCACGUGCCCCACCCACCCAGCCCCACGGGGGCCCGGGACCCCGGGGGGCUGGAGGCGGCGCUGGCAGAGCUGCGGGAGCACAACCGGGCGCUGCGGCAGCGCCUGCACCAGCGGCAGGCCCAGGCGGAGGAGCUGCGGCGGGCGCUGGCGGCGGCGGGGGCGCGGGCGCAGGAGGCGGCGGGGGCGCGGGCCCGGCUGGAGCAGGAGCAGCGGGUGCUGCGGGGGCGGCUGCAGCACCCCAGGGUGCUCCCGGGCCCCGCCGAGGCCGCCCUGCGCGCCCGCUGUGUCCACCUCCAGGAGCUCCUGCACCGCGAGGCCGGGGGGCGGGCGGCGCUGAGCCGGGCGUGGCGGGCAGCGGGACGGCGCCUGCGGGCGCUGCUGGCGGAGGCGGAGGAGCAGCGGCUGCGGGGGGAGCGCUACCGCCUGCAGGCGGCGGCCAGCGAGGCGUCGGGGCGGGCGCUGGGGCAGCGGGUGGCCGCGGUGGCGGCGGGGGCGGCCCGUGCCCAGGCCCAGGGCCUUCGCCUGCGCCGGGCGCUGGAGGCCGUCGGGGACGGGGCCGCCGCCACCGCGCGCCUCGUGGCCGCCCUGCGGGCCCGCCUCAGGUGCGACCCACUGACGCUGUCCCGCACGGUGCGGCGCAUGCUGCGGGACGAGGGCGAGGACAGCGAGGACAGCGAGGACAGCGGGGACAGCGGGUCCCCCCCCCUGCAUCCCCAGGGAGCCCCUCGAAACCGCCCCCGCCUCCAGGGGCGGCCUCGAAACUGCCCCCAAGGACCCCCCCCAAAAGGCUGCUGGUCCUGGGGGUGGCCUGGAAACCACCCCCGGCCCCGGGGGGACCCUCAAAAACGCCGCUGGGGACCAGCCCUGAGGGUGCUUUCGGGCCCGGGGAGACCCUGGAAACUGCCCCCAGGGACCCCACCCCUAAGUAGGGUGGGGCUUAUCAGGGCAGGGCUUAUUGGGGCGGGGCUUAUUGGGGCGGGGCUUGCCCAUACUCAUUAA